CCCGCUCUGUGCCAUAAGAGCUGCAGUGUUGCGCGUGGGGCGGUUCACACCGGAGGGGGCUGGCGGCAGCAGCAGAAAUCAAUAGUCUGGGGCUGGUUUUUCCCAGGCACAACAUCUCGGGCUGGCUAUAUAACGAGGAGCAUCCACACCCCUCUCAGCAUCAGCGGGAGCCGCAGCCCCCGAGAGAGAGGCACAGGCAGGGCAAGGCACCGGGGGAGAGAGCCCAGCGAGGGGGGAGUGGGCAGCAAGGGCCAGCGCGUUCCUCUGGCCAAGGGAAAUGUGCGGAGCUGCAGCGGCUUGGGAUUCGCAGGGCGCGCUGCUGCUCUGAGAGCUCGCGGUGCUGGUGCAAGGGGGGGGGACCGCUGGCUGCUGGAGCAUCUCCCAGGGGGGAGCGGUGGGUGCAGGUGCAGCAGCCCGUGCUUGGUGCCGCCUUUGUUUUCUGUUGGGACUCUCCCGUCGCUAUGAGCGCCUCUCCCUCCAGAGUGAUCCCCCUGCUGCUGGGUGCCGCGAUGCUGUGGGGGCCGAGCUGCCUCUCCCUGCGAGUCCUCAGCGGUCAAAAAGUGUGUUAUGGAGAUAUCAAGCAUCCCUGUUACAAGAUAGCCUACUUCCAGGACUUGUCAAGACGUGUGGGCUUCCAGGAGGCCCGCCAUGCCUGUGAAAUCGACGGUGGUGUGCUUUUAAGUCUGGAAAGUGAAGCUGAACAGAAGCUCAUAGAAAACAUGUUACAAAACCUCACUAAGUCAGGCUCUGGGAUUUCUGAUGGUGACUUCUGGAUUGGAUUGUGGAGAAGCGGAGAGGGACAAGCAACAUCGAGUGCUUGCCCUGAGCUCUACCAGUGGACUGAUGGAACCAUUUCAUCAUUCAGAAAUUGGUAUACGGAUGAGCCUUCCUGUGGAAGUGAAGCUUGUGUUGUGAUGUAUCAUCAACCAACUGCAAACCCUGGCCUGGGAGGGGCUUACCUUUACCAGUGGAAUGACGACAGAUGCAACAUGAAGCACAAUUUUAUCUGCAAGUAUAGUCCAGAUAAUGUCCUAGAAAAAGAACUAGGCGACAGAACAGACACAGAUUAUGAGGUUUUUCCAUCAGUGGCAGCAGAAAAGCCUUAUGAUGAAAACAAACCAGAAGAUAAUUCUCAUGUAGUUGUUACUGAAACAGGUAUAAUUCCAAAUUUAAUUUAUGUUGUUAUACCAACCAUACCACUGCUGUUGUUGAUAUUAGUGGCUUUUGGUACGUGCUGUUUCCAGAUGCUAAACAAAAGUAAAGGAAGAACAAAAACCAGCCCAAACCAGUCCACAUUAUGGAUUUCAAAGAACCCCAGGAAGGACAGUACCAUGGAGGUAUAACAAUUUAAUGACUGAAAACAAAGCAAAAAUAAUAUUUUACAGUCGGGCUCUAUUAUAAUGUCAUCUCAGCACAUUAGCUUGGAAUGGCUUGAGAUUGCAAUGGAUCAGCAAGAUGAACUGUAAGCUCCCCCUUGAGGCAACUAUUCAGAUCAUUUUUGUAUGUAACAUUUGAUUAUUAAUUAAAUGAAACAUGUCAUGCUAAAUAAAGAAAGAGGAUGUGUCUAUUUUGCUAAGGGAAGUAACUCGGCUACAACUGAGCAAUGGAAUGGACAAUGCAUUUGAAGUUUAUAGGGGGAAAUAUCUACAAUAUGUGUCAGUUUUCAAAUUGUUUGUAGUAAUCAUAACAUUUUUAUUUCCUGUAGUCCCUCAUACAUUCUACUUUAGUUGAUGUACUGUAAAUUGAGUGGACAUAA